UGGAGCAAUGAGAGCAUGACUUUAAAUUCAACAACCUCAAACACUUCCUUUAACAUUACUGAUCUCAAUCCUGGAGUCAAUUACACCUUCCUCAUAUCUGCUGUUGUUGCAGAUAAUAUAACAGAAGGAGAAGUGAUUGGUCUUUCAGCUUAUACAAAGCCUGAGACUGUUAGCAAUCUUACAGUAGUUAAUGUUACAACCUCCUCUAUAUUACUGUCCUGGACUCAGUCAAUGUGGAAAAUCUCUCAUUAUGUAAUCCAAUAUGAGAAUAACAAUACAACAAUCACUAACACUGCUGAAAGCACCAUGAUUAACAUAACUGAUCUGACUCCUGGAGUGCAGUACACGUUCAGAGUGUUUGCAGUUGCUGGAGAUAAUAAAACUGAAGGAAUUUACAACUCCAUAUCUGCCUACACAAAACCUGAUGUUGCACGUGAACUCAAUGUGAUUGAAAUUACAACAAGCUCAGUGUUUCUGAACUGGACUGAACCAAUAGGAAAAAGAUCUUUCUUUAAAGUACAGUGGGGAAAUGGCAGCAUCAAUUUGAGUUUAACAACCUCAAACACUUAUUUUAACAUUACUGAUCUCAAUCCUGGAGUCAAUUACACCUUCCUCAUAUCUGCUGUUGCUACAGAUGAUAUAACAGAAGGAGAAGUGUUUGGUUUUUCAGCUUAUACAAAGCCUGAGACUGUUAGCAAUCUUACAGUAGUUAAUGUUACAACCUCCUCUAUAUUACUGUCCUGGCCUCAGUCAAUGGGGAAAAUCUCUUAUUAUGUAAUCCAAUAUGAGAAUAACAAUACAACAAUCAAUAACACUGCAAAAAGCACCAUGAUUAACAUAACUGAUCUGACUCCUGGAGUGCAGUACACGUUCAGAGUGUUUGCAGUUGCUGGAGAUAAUAAAACUGUAGGAAAUAACAGCUACAUAUCUGCCUACACAAAGCCUUCUGUUGCACGUGACUUCAAUGUGGUUGAAAUCACAACAAGUUCAUUGUUUCUGAACUGGACUGAACCGAUAGGAAAAAGAUCUUUCUUUAAAGUACAGUGGAGCAAUGACAGCAUGAAUUUAAAUUCAACAACCUCAAACACUUCCUUUAACAUUACUGAUCUCAAUCCUGGAGUCAAUUACACCUUCCUCAUAUCUGCUGUUGCUGCAGAUAAAAUAACAGAAGGAGAAGUGAUUGGUCUUUCAGCUUACACAAAGCCUUCUGUUGUACGUGACCUUAAUGUGACUGAAAUUACAACAAGCUCAGUGUUUCUGAACUGGACUGAACCGAUAGGAAAAAGAUCUUUCUUUAAAGUACAGUGGAUCAAUGAGAGCAUCACUUUAAAUUUAACAACCUCCAACACUUCCUUUAACAUUACUGAUCUUAAUCCUGGAGUCAAUUACACCUUCCUCAUAUCUGCUGUUGCUGCAGAUAAUAUAACAAAAGGAGAAGUGAUUGAUUUUUCAGCUUAUACAAAGCCUGACACUGUUAGCAAUCUUACAGCAUUUAAUGUUACAACCUCCUCUAUAUUACUGUCCUGGAUUCAGUCAAUGGGGAAAAUCUCUCAUUAUGUAAUCCAAUAUGAGAAUAACAAUACAACAAUCACUAACACUGCAGAAAGCACCAUGAUUAACGUAACUGAUCUGACUCCUGGAGUGCAGUACACGUUCAGAGUGUUUGCAGUGGCUGGAGAUAAUAAAACAGAAGGAAUUUACACCUGCAUAUCUGCCUACACAAAGCCUUCUGUUGCACGUGACCUCAAUGUGACUGAAAUUACAACAAGCUCAUUGUUUCUGAACUGGACUGAACCGAUAGGGAAAAGAUCUUUCUUUAAAGUACAGUGGAGCAAUGGCAACAUCACUUUGAAUUCAACAACCUCCAACACUUCCUUUAACAUUACUGAUCUCAAUCCAGGAGUCAGUUACACCUUCCUCAUAUCUGCUGUUGCUGCAGAUAAUAUAACAGAAGGAGAAGCGAUUGGUCUUUCAGCUUACACAAAGCCGGGCAUUGUCAGAAAUCUCUCAAUCUCUGGAGUUACAACCACAUCUGUAAAUCUGAACUGGACUGAACCAUCAGGAGAGAGCUCUUUCUUUAGCGUGCAGUGGAUAACUGGCAAUACGUCUUUCAAUUCGUCAACUUCUGCAACUGCCUUUACCAUCACCAAUCUACAGCCUGGAACAAAUUACACAUUUACAGUCUCUGCUGUUGCUGCUGAUAAUAAAACAGAAGGAUCCCUGGUUGGUGAUUCCACUUGCACAGGUGCAAGUCCCGUCUUUAACAUAAGCUGUGAAGGACCAAAUCGCACUGCAACAGCUCUGCUGAACGUAACAUGGAUAAAUCCUCCAGGCAGCAACAACGGAUUCAAUAUCAGUCUCAAUGAAUCAUUCAGCGACUUUGUUCCAUUUUGCAAUCCUGUCUGUAACUACAUUUUUUCUAGUAACCUUCAAUACUUCAGCUCUUACACAGUGAUUAUUUUAACCCAUGGAUGUGGUGAGAGUGGCACAUUGGACUUUACAUGCAGAACAGGCAUUACAGAGCCACCAGUGCCCAGUAAGCCAGAUGAUGUAGUAAUAGUGGUCACUGCAAUAAACCAGACUGUAAUAACUCUGCGAUUUAAUGAGAGUCUUCUGAAUAGCACCAAUGGACCAAUUCAAGCUUAUGGUGUUCUGCUGUCGAUUGACCCAAACAGUGACAAUUCCAGUAAUUCCCUAACAAUGACCUAUAAUGAUUAUCUACAAGAAAAAACAAAAACCUAUCUCACUGUUUUAAAACGAAUUGAAAAUAGCGGUACCAGAAGCGUGGACAACAUGAUUAAAAUUGAACUUGGAAGUAACAACGCCGCAGAUGUAGUCAGUAAUACAAAUUAUACAAACGGUCCUCUGUCUAAUCAGGAAUACAGUGUAGCCAUGGUUUUUUUCACCUUGUUGAAAAUAAACAGGAAUCUUGUGGACAUUGACGAAUCUAUCUUCUCUAAAACGCCCUAUUCUAGAACAACUGCCAAACCACUGGACCCCCAAUCAAACACUGUUGCCAUUGUUUUGGGGGUGCUGUUGCCUAUCAUUGUUCUUUUGAUCAUCGCCAUCAUUGUCCUUGUCAUACAGAAAAGACGAAUAUCAAAGCAAUAUACAGAUAUUCCUGUCACCACCUUAAGGUAUAAAAUUAGCAUUCCUGUGAGGGUCGAGGAAUUUGAGCCAUAUUUCAAAAAGCAGCAGUUGGAUUCUAAUUGUGGUUUUGCUGAACAGUAUGAGGAUCUUAAAGUUGUUGGAACUGCUCAGACGAAGAAUAGUGCCCUUGCCAUGGAGAACAAGGGGAAGAAUCGCUAUAAUAAUGUACUACCUUAUGAUUCUUCAAGAGUUAAAUUGUCUGUACAAGGCAACCCCUCUGAUGACUACAUCAACGCAAACUAUAUUGCGGGUUACAACUCUAAGAAGGAGUACAUAGCAGCUCAGGGACCACUACCAACCACUGUGAAUGAGUUCUGGAGAAUGAUUUGGGAAAAGCACGCCCAUACCAUAGUCAUGCUGACCAAGUGCUAUGAGCAAGGACGUGUUAAAUGUGAGAAAUACUGGCCACAAGAAUCCAAGCUUUACAACAAUAUCCUUUUGACAACAACAUCAGAAAUUGAAUUGGAAGACUGGACUAUAAGGGACUUCACCAUUAAGAAUGUAAAAACAGCGGAGACGCGGAAUGUUCGUCAAUUCCAUUUUACAGCCUGGCCCGAUCACGGCGUACCAGAAACCACAGAGGUGCUCAUUAACUUUCGGCAUCUGGUCAGAGAGCACAUGGAGAGCUUUUCCCGCAACGCUCCUGCUGUGGUGCACUGCAGUGCUGGUGUGGGGAGGACUGGGACUUUCAUUGCCCUUGAUCACCUGACCUUUCAGAUUGAGAGAGAAAGCAUGGUAGACAUUUAUGGAAUUGUUCAUGAUAUGCGCAUGCACAGAACACUGAUGGUUCAGACUGAGGACCAGUAUGUGUUCUUGAAUCAGUGUGCUUCUGACAUAAUUAAAUCUAGAACGGGCACCAAUGUGGACCUUAUUUACCAGAACGCGGCCGCAUUCUCUAUCUAUGAGAAUGUGCAACGAUGAAGAAUGAAGGCAUUAAGCAGAAAUACAUUUCAGGUGUCAUUUAUCUUUAAAAUCAGAACAGCAGGGACAUUUUGUAUGAUUUCGUAAAAACUGUGAGUGAGCCAUUUAAUUAUUUAGCUGGACGUCACAACGGUAUGGCUGUUCACUGACAAAUAUUUUAUGUGACGCAUGCUUUAACUUAAUAUGCUUAUUAUUUUUACCCUAUAUUGUGAGACAGUGAAAUUGUGCUUAGAUUAUAUUUUUUAUAAAAGGGUUGCUAAGGAAUUAUAAAGAAAUCUAAGACACAUAUUUAUAUUCAGGUUCAAGAUGUAUAGCUUAAGUUAUACACAUGAACUCUUAAUGUCAUGUAAGUUUUUAAUGGAUUAUAUUUUUUUGUAUUUCAGUACAUUCUUCUACACUGUACACUUUUUAUGCACAUAUUUGUGAGCACAGUAAUCACACUGGACACUUGGUUACUACAGUUCUAUAAUAUACGUAUUUGUUUGUGACAGUCUUGUUGCUUUGGCUUGCUGUAACAUUGCAGAAUGAGUUAUAUUUUAUUACAGGGCAUCAGGAGAAACCUUAUAAAUAUUAAUUUCUAGGGACAUUAUGGCAGUAACGUUCGGACGAACGGGUUAUAAUGUUCAGUAAUACUUCAUUUAAAAAGCUUCAUCAGGAUUUAUAAUACAUAAUAUGAAAUCACUGGAUAACUAAUUUAUGGGUGUAUUUAUGUGAUAUGAUGCCAUCAUGUCAUAAAAUCUAUUGUGGGAAAAGUCUAAGCUGGAUUUAUAAGUUUGUGGAAAAAAAUUACAACAUCCACAAAAAGCUUCAGUUCUCCAACUUAAUAUUUAGAGAUCUAUUCUAUAAAUAGUAUAGGAUAUCUGGCAAAUAUAAUAUAUCUGUUCAGAAUCAGACAGAAUAAUGAAUAUUGAAACAAUAAGCCCCUAAUUUCACUCAGGUGUUUAGAAAGAGUACAAGUGCAAGAAAUCGUAGUCAAGUGUUAUGUUGCACAUGAAAUAUUGUAAACAAACAGUGUUUUAUAUCCAGAUAGUGAAGUGUGUUCAUACUGAUGAACAUACAUUUAAUUUAGAUAAGUAAUUCAACCUAAAUAGAAGCCAUGAUUUUCUAGCAUAUGGGCCCAGAAACAAAAUUCCACCAAGAACUUUUGUAAAAGUGCACUUUCGAAGUGAAAACUUGAGCAUGCGCUAAUCUAAACACUGUACAGUUAUUUUUGCAUUUUGCUGGAGCAUGUUGCUAGAGAGUCAGGAUAUAAUGCAAAUGCAAAAUCUUCAUCUUCAAUCUUCAUAUAUAUAUAUAUAAGGAUGUAAAGUAAAUUAGCAUUCUUUCUUUGUUAAUGAAGGAUCAAACAUUAAUGACUGAUUAACAGGAAUUGUAAUGAAAGGUACUGCAAUCAAAUAUUUGUGUAAUUUAUAUUUUUUCAGCACUGAAGUUCAUUUGCAAUUUUUUAAAACUGUUUAUGUAUGUACUUGUUUCUUUUAUAAGGCUCUUUGAAUAAGUUUAUGAUUUAAUGCUUUCUCUGCUGUUACACUGUAUUUCAUCAGGCUUGUGCAAUAUUUAUAGAUAUAUACACUUUAAUGUUUAUGUACUAGAUGUAUAUUUUUAAAUAUUGUGAUAGUUUUAUUAAAUUAAAGAUGUUUAGUUUUGCCAUUCAGAUAAAAAAAAAUCACACAGAAAUGUACGAGUUAUUUAAGUCACAUUUUCUUUGUUAAUUUUUCUACCAAAGAUAUUUUGAUGAUUAAGAUAUGUUAUGUAAAAAUAAAGGAAAAAAUCUCAGAGUGUGUUGAGCAAAAGGCUUAUUGAAAAAGAAAAAAAUUACAGAAACCUGAUGUUCCCUGAGCCUACCGAAAUGUACUUUUAUUUAAAAAUGUUUGUGAUUCAGAUUUGUUUUCCCCAGAAUGCAACUUUUGAUCCUCUGUGAUGAAUAUCAAUAGUUAUGUACUUUUAAUUUAUUUUUUUAAACAUUUUUAUGUUUAAAAAUGUUUAAUAUCAUGUGCACAUGUACAUUUUUAAACAAUGUUUUUAGGAAAUAAUCUUUCAUAAAUCUACUGUACAGUACAUAUGAUGUGUAUAAUAUAAGCUUCCCCUAUUGUGCUAUUUUGGUACUGCAAAUAAUGAAGGCUACAGCAGGUGGUGGAGCUUCCUCUUGCAUAAUCCCACAUUUAUGAAAUAACCAUUCAAUUAGUGUUCGGGUCUCAGAUAUAGUCUCUGUGUUUAAGUGCAGGCUGCAAACAUAUUUGUUUAGGCAAGCCUAUUGGUUAGAAUUAUUUUCAUGAAGUGUUUUGAUUAACAUGAAUGUCUGGAUGCCUUUGCCACCCCAAUACACCUGCUCUGCUGUUCUAUAAUUUAGGUAAAUUAAUACAGAAAUUACUCUGAUACUCAUAGAUUCCUGUUUGCACAAUUACAUUUUUAACUAUAUAAUAUACUGUACACUAGUAGAAAUAAAAAAUAUUUAUAUUCUUA